UAGGGAAGAGACCCCACGCCACCCUUUCUGGUCAUCUCCCCUCCCGCCCCGCCCCUGCGCAUACUCCCUCGCUGGCGAGCUACUUUCGGACGAGGAAAGUGAGGGCGGCCCUGGGUGACAGCGCCGCGGGACUAGUCCUGGGGAAGCCUCGCGUCUGCUCGCGUCUUGUCCGCCGCGCUCCCAGCCAGGGGUACAGCCCGGACCCAGGAUGGCUUCGACUACAACCUGUACCAGGUUCACGGACGAGUAUCAGCUUUUCGAGGAGCUCGGAAAGGGGGCAUUCUCAGUGGUGAGAAGAUGUAUGAAAAUCCCUACUGGACAAGAAUAUGCUGCCAAAAUUAUCAACACCAAAAAGCUUUCUGCUAGGGAUCAUCAGAAACUGGAAAGGGAAGCUAGAAUCUGCCGUCUUUUGAAGCACCCCAAUAUUGUGCGACUUCACGACAGCAUAUCGGAAGAGGGCUUCCAUUACCUGGUGUUUGAUUUAGUUACUGGAGGUGAACUGUUUGAAGACAUAGUGGCGAGAGAAUAUUACAGUGAAGCCGACGCCAGUCAUUGUAUACAGCAGAUUCUAGAAAGUGUAAAUCAUUGUCACCUAAAUGGCAUAGUUCACAGGGACCUGAAGCCUGAGAAUUUGCUUUUAGCUAGCAAAUCCAAGGGAGCAGCUGUGAAACUGGCAGACUUUGGCUUAGCCAUAGAAGUUCAAGGAGACCAGCAGGCAUGGUUUGGUUUUGCUGGCACACCUGGAUAUCUUUCUCCAGAAGUUUUACGCAAAGAUCCUUAUGGAAAGCCAGUGGAUAUGUGGGCGUGUGGGGUCAUUCUCUACAUUCUACUGGUUGGAUAUCCACCCUUCUGGGAUGAAGACCAGCACAGACUCUAUCAGCAGAUCAAGGCUGGAGCUUAUGAUUUUCCAUCACCGGAGUGGGACACAGUGACUCCUGAAGCCAAAGACCUCAUCAAUAAAAUGCUUACUAUCAACCCUGCCAAGCGUAUCACAGCCUCGGAGGCGCUGAAACACCCAUGGAUCUGUCAACGUUCUACUGUUGCUUCCAUGAUGCACAGACAGGAGACUGUUGACUGCUUGAAGAAAUUCAAUGCCAGAAGAAAACUGAAGGGUGCCAUCUUGACAACUAUGCUGGCUACGAGGAAUUUUUCAGCAGCCAAGAGUUUGUUGAAGAAACCAGAUGGAGUAAAGAUAAACAACAAAGCCAACGUGGUAACCAGCCCCAAAGAAAAUAUUCCUACCCCGGCGCUGGAGCCCCAAACUACUGUAAUCCACAACCCUGAUGGAAACAAGGAGUCAACUGAGAGUUCAAAUACAACAAUUGAGGAUGAAGAUGUGAAAGCACGAAAGCAAGAGAUUAUCAAAGUUACUGAACAACUCAUCGAAGCUAUCAACAAUGGGGACUUUGAAGCUUACACGAAAAUCUGUGACCCAGGCCUUACUGCUUUUGAACCUGAAGCUUUGGGUAAUUUAGUAGAAGGGAUGGACUUUCAUCGAUUCUACUUUGAGAAUGCUUUGUCCAAAAGCAAUAAACCAAUCCACACUAUUAUCCUGAACCCCCAUGUACAUCUGGUAGGCGAUGAUGCUGCCUGCAUAGCAUACAUUAGGCUCACACAGUACAUGGAUGGCAGCGGAAUGCCAAAAACAAUGCAGUCAGAAGAGACACGUGUGUGGCACCGCCGGGAUGGAAAGUGGCAGAAUGUUCAUUUUCAUCGCUCGGGGUCGCGAACAGUACCCAUCAAGCCAUCUUGUAUUCCAAUUGGGAAAGAAAACUUCUCAGGAAGCACCUCUUUGUGGCAAAACAUCUAAGGCCUGAAAACCCUUCAUAUGUGGGUCUUCUAAGUAUCAACAGUGCCACUUCUGCAUUCUCUGUUCUCACCUGGAUGGUAACCCUGGGCCGUCCUCUCCUCCUCUUCAUGCAUGUUUCUGAGUGCAUGAAGUUGUGAAGGUCCUACGUGUAAUGCAUAUGUGAUGCAUCAUCUUGUCAUAUAUUCCUUCCUAUACAUUGUUUACACUUCAACUAUGGAGAUGUUCCAUGCAAACUUCAAUCACUGUUGGCAAACAAUAGGGGGAGGUCAGACAAAAAAAAUUCCACAAUACUCCAAGUACAAACCUACUCAUCCAGUUUCUCUGCUUAUGCCAAGACUUAACAGACUUCAAAAUUAUCGUUCUUUGAAUGACAGUUUGUAACAGAAAUGUAAGUUUUUAAAAACUCUUUGCUGUUCAUCUGUUUUAGCUUUUUUGUUUAACAAAAAAAGGCAAAAGAAAUUACCUUCAGUUUCCUGGUGUGAUCCUGGUUGAAAUGGAUGAUUUUUCACUGAAAGCUGUGUUGCUGUUUAACAAUUAAAGGGGUUGAUAUGUGGGCAGAAUCACUUAUGAAUGUGGAAGCGAGAAUCGGUGGGUUUGCUACUACCUAAAGUCAUGUCUUUUUUGGUCAAACUGUGUAAACUGGAAAAACUCACGUCAUUGACGAGUUUGAUCACUUUAAGGUAUACUUGCACUGUUCUGGUGAAAUUUGCUGAAUUGAAUUUUUUGUUCCUUUUUCAAACCUAUGCUCUUUUUUCUUCAUUUUCUCCUAUUUCUUUAUUACUUUUGUUUGCUUCCUUUAUAUUUUUCUGUUUUUCAUUCUUUUUUCUCUUUUUGUCUAGUAGUGUGAGAAAAGUGAAAUUUGCAUAAUGAAGGUAAAAUACAAACUGAGGCCUAAACUAGUGCUUUGGAGGUGUCUAAACUAGUGCUUUGUUCAUCUUCUGGGCCCAUAAAAACGAUGUCAAGGAUUUCAAAAGUUUGUAAUUCUGCUCGAGUUGAGACGUAGGGAUCCUAACUAUGUUGGAGGUAUUAGAAUUGUUUAAACUUAUAAUAAAAGCAAGUAGGUUCCUACUGUACCUGCACCACGUCUUACUGAUUGGUGCAGUUGCCAGGAGAGUACCAAGCUGGUUGUCGAUCAGGAUUUUGUGCAAAGGCACUUCCUUCUGCCUUGCAGGAUGCACACCUCCUGUGUCAUCACUGGCUAGUUUUCUGAAGUUAGAGAGGCCUGCAGUUGUUUUCCAUUCUCCUUAGUGUUUGUUUUGAACUCUGUCUCUGUGACUUGUGCUUUUGUAGCUUCGCUCAUGUGUCAGAGUAACAUUAUCUUCCUGCGAGGAGUUUGCUAACUCCUAUUUAAGAAAGGGGGGUGGUGGGAGGGAUUGUCCCUGUUUUCUCUGUGCUUCUCAUUUCUCCUUUGUUUAUUCAAUUCCUGUGGGGCUUUUUCUCCUCCCUGAAAUGCUUUAUAGUGCAUGGUAUCUUCAUCAACGUUAUUUUAACAAUAGUAAUUCACAAUCCUCAGAAGCCUAUUUUUAAAGCAGAAGCAAAAAAUAAACAAAAAAAUCAACCCUCCCUCUUUUCUCUCAUUUCACCUUUCUGUGUUGAUUACUAAUCACUUUAGAUAUUGUUGCUAGUGGAUGUAUGGUAGAUGGAUUGAAGCUUUUCUGAUAAUUAUUACACGAUUUAAAACAAUAUAUAUUUAAAAUAAAAUAAAUAUAUACAGUAAAUGUAUUGGGCCAUGUUAACCUGCCAAUGAGAUCUGUGAAAAAGUAAUGGCCUCAUUUUUCCCUUUUUAAUUUCUUUUACCUUUUUGUGCAGCAGUUAUACGUGGCAUACAUGUAUUUUUUUUUUUAAAAAAAUAGGUAUAGAGUGUUUUUUUUUUUACACUUUUAGCAUGUGGUGUUGAAGUAUUACUGUAGAUCAAGUUUGUCUUCCACACUAAGACGUGAGGAAAUUGUGAUUUGUUCUCUCCACCACAAUUAAAUUACACAUUUAUUAAUUAUCUUCUCUCAUUUUGAAACACUGCAGUUUACCGUGGGACACUGUAUAUAUUUCUUGCCAUAAUGGUAAAUGACUGAUUGAUAUAUUUAAGAGUUAAUAAAUUUGUGAUUUCUGCUGACAAUGUGUCCAUUUUUAUUUCUUAAGAGGUACUGUAUUUAUUUAUGCAUGUGUGACACUGGCUAGUGCCAAUGGCACUAUAUGGUCUCAUUAGUCCAUAAUUUACCUUUGACAUAAAGAUGAAGCUACUGAGCUGAGCUUCCUUCUAAGAAUGUACUUGGUGAUGAUAAUGACAAGUUUACUUACUGUGUGCAUAAAAUCUGUCUCUCCUAGGGAAAUUUUUCUGAGAACAAAGCAGUUAAAAUAAGAGUCCUAAAAAUUUCUAAAUGUGCCUUCCACUCCAUCCUUCUCAUGGCUGCUAGCUAGAUUCCAUUUUUAACCCAAACCUGACCCUAUAAUACUUCUGUGUUAUCAUCUCCAACAUACAGGCAAGUGCCUCAUCUCCCGCUACUCCUCAACUUGAACUUGAGUGUAUUAAAAGCACCACACGUUUAUGUUUCUAGAAUAUUCUUCCCCUAUUUCUUCAACCUAAUUCUUACUCAUUCCUUGAAAUUCAAUUUAGACUAUCAUCCCCUCCAGCAAACCUCCCUAGACCAUGCUCUAAGCUCGCUCGCUCUCUCUCUCUCAGUACUGGCAUAAUAAUUUGUGUUCACCUCUUCCACCAACCACAUUGUUUCGGAAAUACAUCUUUGUGUGUUCUCUACUGGAGUAAUGCCUCUCUAGGCAAGAACUGUGUGUUUGUAUCCGUGGCUCCAUAUAAGGGCCAGGAAGGGAGACGUUGUUAGUAGUUGCUGAAGUGUGGCCAAACCAUAAAUGGGAAACUCACAGUGCAAUCGGAGUCCUGGGUUUAUUGUUCGGUUCUGUUGUUGUUGUCUUUGACACUCUGAGCAACUUGCCUCUUCCCUCUGAACCUUCAUUUUCGUGUUUGUAAAAUGAGAAGAAAAAAAAAAAAAGCAUAUUGUGAAGGUUAGAGAUAAUAGGUACAGAGUACCUAGAAUACUAUUUGGUGGAAAAUAUUCAAUGGUAGCAGCUCUAACUGUUCUAAUCACUGAUAGUAAUACUCCCAAUGUUCUAGUUAUUCCUUACUCAGAAGCGUAUAGAACUCUUAUUUUGAUAUGAGCUGCCCUGUUUACGUAGAUUUACUGAUAUUGGUAAGGAUAUACUCAUAUUCAAAUGUCUCAGCAGCAAAAUGAGGAAUAGCAAGGUAGUAAUCUAGCCGAAAGUAGGGAAAAUGAAAUGGAGUAAAUCAGUAUGUUCUAGGGAAAUUCAAAGAAUCUUAGCCUACAGUAACUGAAAUUUUGAAUCUCUGUAAAUAAAAACUAUAUAUAAUUUAAGGGUGAACACAGAAAGCACAACCU